AGGAUCUAUAUGACCACUACCGUGCUCAAAAAGCACGAAAAUAAGAAGAUACAUGUAUGCACAAAGGCACAAUAAAAGUCGAGCAAAAUAAAGCGAAUUGGCGGAAAUCAUUUGCUCUUGUGAAUGGGGGUAAAAUUCGUUCGAAUUAGACAGCAAUUGUUCACAAUGUUUCGUUUGGCACAGCGUUAUAUUUAAUUCUAACUUACAUACGCUAAGCAAUGGGCUAUUUACCACUCCGACUCAUCAUGUUAUCAGGUUUGGCUGUGGUGGAUCGAGGCAGAAUUUAUUUCAACACCCCUGCCGUAGUUGAUGUAGAUAUGAUAGUCUUUACUGUUGGAUUUUGUUUUAGCUUAAGUAGUUGGUAUCAUUUGCUAGUUCUUUUACUUAUGUUAUUUUUGGUUGCAGGUGUUAAUUUCGACACUUUUACAGUGGAAAAAAGUUCUAAUUUUUAACAAUAAUUAUAUUAUGUGCAUAGGAAAGUCGUUUUAUGAUACUAAUUUUUUCUGAAAAAAUCAUGCGGCCCGCGUUGUCAUUCAAAAUUUUGUAUUUGGCCCUCCUGUGAAAAAGGUUGCACAUGCCUGUACUAAACCAUGUUGCCUAUGUUUGUUUUUUUUUAAUUUUACCUUUGGCGUAUAUAUAUUGUAUGUUUUAUGGGUGUGUUGUAUGUAAAGCAAGAUUUUGUUUUAUAAACAGUUGUAUUGCUUUGAACAGAUAUCAGAAUUUUAAUAUUAACCCUAUUACAAUGAAUGUUGACAUGAAACUGGAGCCAAAAACAACAUCUAUUACUGACGAAUAUGACGUUGAUUGGAACCAAAAACUCGGAACAGGAAUUUCUGGCCCGGUUCGAGUGGCAACAAAACGCAGCACCGGGGAUAAAUACGCGAUUAAGGUUGUUGUUGAUCGCCCAAAAGCUCAGCAGGAAAUACAGAUGCAUUGGAUGUGUAGUGGCCAUCCACAUGUAGUUAAUCUGUAUGAAGUUUAUCGCAAUGAGCUUCAGUUUCCUGGUGAAUCCGAAUCCCAGUCACGUUUGUUGCUUGUGUUAGAAUUGAUGGAUGGAGGAGAACUCUUCUUUCGCAUCAGCAAGCAACAUGGCUUUACUGAGCGGCAUGCAGCAGCCACUACCAUGCAGAUAGCGCUUGCGGUACAGCAUCUACAUAGUUUAAAUAUCGCUCACAGAGACUUAAAACCAGAGAAUCUGCUUUAUAAAGACUCAUCUGAUGAGUCACCCAUUAAGCUAUGUGACUUUGGCUUUGCGAAACUUGAUAAUGGUGAUUUGAUGACCCCACAGUUUACACCCUAUUACGUUUCACCACAAGUGCUGGAAGCACAACGACGACACAGAAGAGAGCGAUCUAGUGUAUCUGUAUCGUCACCAUAUACUUAUGAUAAAAGCUCAACCAAGAAUAGUUUAAACUUUGAAUGCAUGUAUAUUGCGUUUAUGUGA